CAAGUAACGAAAUUGGUUGCAAAUUUAAUCAUUGCCAGCAUCAUAACGAUUAAUGUGCGUGUACUUUAUUCAUCGUUGAAGAAUUGCCAUAUCGUUUGAUAUAUUUUACUGAACAAGAACCAUUACUUUGUCAACCAGAACAUAAGUUAAUCCAGGGCGAGAAGCCCACCUAAGAAAACAGGCGUUGGUCGUAUUCGGCGAUGCCCUUUCGACGCGCACCCCUAUUAAUCAUUCUGCUUGUUUGGUUUGAGGAAACCAACCCAAAAAUCUUCUAGCGCGUGCGAACACGUCUUUCGCCCAACAGGAAACGAAAAGAACGCUCUUGGGGAAUACCGCGCGAGAUGAAAUUUGAAACCUAUAUUUGGUGCCAGGCAGUCUACCGUAGUGCUUUAGAAAAGGAAAAACCAAAGAACUGGAGGGGUUUACCGACGGUCAAAAAGAUUUUUUUCGCCAUUCGGAACUCGACGCGAAACCGGAAGUCUUAUGGGAGAUCGCUUCAAUAAAGUGUUUGUGUCUUUAUUUUUCCGUCUAUAUAGUAAAGAAACAAUAAUCGUCGAAUCAUGAAGCGAACGGGGUACGGAAAUUAUUAGUGUGUAAUCAAGAUUGGAGAAAAAAUUAUUCGCGUAUCGCAGAGGUGACGUUUCUGGCCUACGAUCGGCACGAAGGAAUGGAAGAUGAUCGAACCCCAGGGAGCUGUGGCCUUAGUGCAAAGAGCAUGACGGCGAUAGCAGCUACCUGUGCAGCGAUCGGUUUCAUCGCCUAUAUGCUCACCAGUUCCUCUGCAAAUCCGGCUACUACUCAAAAACCACCCUCAAAUGACGACGCGGUACAGGAACGUCUACCGAGGGCCCUUCUACCCUCCGAGUACAGAUUGAAAAUAAUUCCUCAUCUGGAAGAGGGUAAUUUUACCAGCAGUGGAGAGUUAUGGAUAACUUUCAAUUGUGAAGAGCCUACGAAUAAGAUAAUACUGAACGCAAAGGAAAUAAAGUUCGAUGAAGUUGAGCUUCAUUCUCUGACCAAGGAGAUUGUGGUGACUGAUGUGAUUGUAAAAGACGAUUCCGACGUAGUUGUAAUCAAGUUAAACAAACCUUUUAAGAAAGGUGAUGUCUACAAACUUUAUAUACGGUUUACUGGUAUCCUAAAUGAUGUUCUCCAAGGAUUUUAUAGAAGCAGUUAUGUCGAUCUAGCAACCAAAGAAACCAGAUGGAUGGCUAGUACUCAAUUCUCACCCACUUACGCACGCCGAGCAUUUCCAUGCUUUGAUGAACCCUCUUUCAAAGCUCGAUUUAAAAUUUCUCUUGGUAGGCGUACUAAUAUGACGUCUAUUUCUAACAUGCCCCGGAAAUCGACGGAAAGUAUAUCGACAAUGCCAGGCUUUGUCUGGGAUCAUUAUCCACAGUCUCUCCUCAUGUCUACAUACUUGGUCGCUUUUAUUGUUACUGAUUUUGGAAAUGUCGAAGUAAUUAAUUCAACAAAGCCCGUCUUUAAAUUGUGGUCACGACGGGACGUACUCGAUCAUACGGAAUACAUUUCCAAUGUAGGUCCGAAGAUACUGCAUUACUUCGAGGGCUACUUCAAUAUCACCUUUCCACUUGAAAAACAGGAUAUAGUAGCUUUGCCAGACUUCGGGUAUACUGCCAUGGAAAAUUGGGGACUAAUCACUUUCAGAGAAUCUGGGGUGCUUAUUGAUGAAAAAGAGGCUGCAGCUAGCGUCAGACAAGAUGUUGCUCUGGUUGCCGCUCACGAACUUGCACAUCAGUGGUUUGGAAACCUUGUGACGCCAGCAUGGUGGUCUGAUCUCUGGUUAAAGGAGGGAUUUGCAUCAUUUUUUGCGAAUCUAGCAGUAGAUCAUGUAGAACCAACUUGGAGGGUGAAAGACGCCCUGCUCGAAGAUUUACAAAAAGUGUUGGAAAUCGAUGCACUGAAAAGUUCGCAUCCCAUUUCUGUUACUCUUAAUCGUACAGACCAGAUAACUCAGAUAUUCGAUGCAAUUUCCUACACAAAAGGGUGUUCAAUUAUUCAUAUGAUGUAUCAUUUCCUUGGAGCGGACGUAUUCCAAUCGGGAAUCCGAAGAUAUUUGAGAACUUACGCCUACCAAAAUGCUGAACAAGAUGAUCUCUGGGAAGCACUCACAUUGGAGGCUCAUUCUCAUCGGUCGAUGAUGGAAGACGUCACAGUGAAAACGGUGAUGGAUACAUGGACCUUGCAAGCAGGCUACCCUAUCCUUCAUGUGAAUAGGAACUCUAAUACCGGUACCAUUACGGUGUAUCAGGAGCAAUUCUGCUGGACUACAGGCUGUGAGGAUAGUACCCAAUUAUGGUGGAUCCCAUUGACGUGGACGAAGCAGGGAUAUCCGCAGUAUGAUAAGACGAUUCCGAAAGCAUGGCUACACCAUCCUACCUUAGAAUUGAAUGACACAGUGAAUGAGGAUGAAUGGAUUUUAUUUAAUCUCGGCCAAACAGGAUAUUACCGUGUCAAUUACGAUGAUAAAAACUGGAAACUACUUUCACAGUCUAUGGAGCUACUGCCAGCUGCAAUUAGAGCUCAGUUAGUGGAUGAUGUAUUGGCAAAUUCAAGAGCAGGAAUUUUAAAGUAUAAAAUCACUAUGGAUUUGUUACAAAAUUUAGAAAAUGAAACAGAUUAUCUAGUAUGGGAUUCUGCUAUUAGAGGAUUGCGAUAUAUGCAUAACAAGCUGCACUCUGACGCGAGUUUCAAUAAAUGGAUGCAGAAACUCGUGCAAAAAAUUUUCAAGUUUCUUGGCACAGAGGAAAAAGACGACGAUGGGCAUAGGGAACGACGUUAUCGAGGAGAUAUUCUAAGAUGGGCUUGUGAAGUUGGUCAUGAGGAAUGUCGGAGAAAUGCUCAUCAAAUCCUACAAAAUUGGACUCGCAUAUCUUCAGGAGAUAACCCGAUUCCUCCGAAUUUACGAAGUUGGAUAUAUUGCACGGGCCUAGAGCACGCUGGUAAGAAUGAAUGGAACUUCGUUUGGAACCAAUAUCUGCAAACUACUUCUGGAGCAGAGAAAGAAUUGCUGUUGGAUGGUUUGGGGUGUAUAUCCAAUGAGUCUAUCCUCUCCAACUACUUGGCUAAAACUCUUUCAAGUAAUUCUGGUGUGCGAAAGCAAGAUGGUUGGCGAGUAUUUCGUUCUAUAGCUGAAACACCCAAUGGCCUAGGUAUCGCAUUUCGAUUUCUGAGAGAGAAUUGGUCCGCCCUUAACGAUUACUAUGGUACUGGAUUCUCAGCCAUGGCAAAAAUGGUACAAGCACUUUCGAAGUAUAUGAGUUCUGAAUCAGAUUUGCGGCAGCUAGAAAAAUUCAAAGACUCUGUUAAUCUGGGUGUCACAAAUACAGCCUUUCAACAAACUAUUGAAGAAGUGAGAAUUAAUGUCGAUUGGGUGACGAAAUAUAUGGAUCAGAUACAAAAUAUCCUCAAUCAAACCUGAAGACCUAUAAGGGUAAACCAUUUAUUAUGUGUUUAUAACACAUCACACGUGUCUUAUAAAAUGAUGAAUAAAGCAACUCUUACUAAAACCUGA